AUGUCUCAACCAGAAGAACUCAAGAAGAUCAUCGCUGACCUCGAGGCUAAGGUCUCUUCGCUCGAGUCCCAGCUUAAGGAAAAGGCCGACGCCCUUUUCCACCCCGCCGCUCAAGUCCCUAAGUCUAUCCGCAUGGUCCUCAUUGGCCCCCCCGGUGCCGGUAAGGGUACUCAGGCCCCUAACCUCAAGGAGAAGUUCUGUGCAUGCCACCUUGCUACCGGUGAUAUGCUGCGCUCUCAGGUUGCCCAAAAGACUGCUCUUGGUGUUGAGGCCAAGAAGAUUAUGGACCAGGGUGGCCUUGUUUCUGAUGAAAUCAUGGUUAAUAUGAUUAAGAACGAGCUUGAAAACAAUGCCGAGUGCAAGAACGGUUUUAUCCUUGAUGGUUUCCCCCGUACUAUCCCCCAGGCCGAGCGCCUUGAUACCAUGCUUGAGGAGCGUAAGACUCCCCUCCAAAAGGCUGUCGAACUCCAGAUUGAGGAUGACCUGCUUGUUGCCCGUAUCACUGGCCGUCUCGUCCACCCUGCUUCUGGCAGAUCUUACCACCGUCUUUUCAACCCCCCCAAGGAGGACAUGAAGGAUGAUAUCACUGGCGAGCCCCUCGUCCAGCGUUCUGAUGACAAUGCCGAUGCUCUUAAGAAGCGUCUUGUCACUUACCACGCUCAGACCGCCCCUGUCGUCUCUUACUACAAGAAGACUGGCAUCUGGGCUGGUGUCGAUGCUGCCCAAGACCCCAAGGUUGUUUGGCAAUCCAUCCUCAAGUGCUUUGAGAAUGCCAAAUAA